AUGCUUGUGGAAUCACUACUGGACUGUAUGUCCCUGCAGAGAGUGUGGGGAGGGAUAGCUGGUCUUCUGGCCCUUGCCACCCUCGCCUACUCUGUGUACAACCGUUUCCUGCAUCCUCUACACCACAUCAACGGCCCCCUACUCGCAUCAAUUACACCUUGGGUUCAACUGUAUCAUGGCCUGAAGGGAGACCGCCAUCUAUGGCUGCACAAUCUCCACCGACAAUACGGGACACACGUACGCGUCGCACCGAACUUUGUCUCCGUGAACUCAGACCGUGGAUUGCAUGACAUCUAUGGACACGGCAAGCGGUUGCAGAAGGCGGAUUUCUACAAUGCAUUCCCGGCCAUCAAGGGGGUGUACAACACCCACAAUGCAAUUGACAAGACGAUGCACGGCCGGAAGAGACGAGUGCUCAGUCAGGCAUUCUCGGACAAUGCCCUCAAGGGCAUGGAGGAUGUGAUGCUUCUCCACGUACGCCAGCUUUGCUCAGUCCUGGCAGGCUAUGAUGGGAACUUCGAGACCUAUGACCAGAAAGGCAAUGUGAAGAAUAUGGGAAAUUGGUUCAGUUAUCUCUCAUACGAUGUUAUGGGCGAGCUCUGCUUCGGGAAGAGUUUCGACAUGCUGGUCUCGGACUCUCAAAGACACAAAGUCGGACUAGUAGACCGCGCCGCGAACCGGCACUAUGUGUGUGGACUAUGGAUGCCUCUCGACACAUGGGGUCUGGACCAGAUCUUCAUCCGCAAAUUGACACGCGAUCGAUGGAACUUCAUCAUGAACUCGCGCGUUGAAGCCAACGAGCGGGCGAAAGAACGGACCCUGAUUGGACACGAUGCCAAGAAGGACUUCUUUUACUAUCUGCUGAACGCGAAGGACCCAGAAACCGGCAAUGGCCUCAGCACACCUGAGCUCUGGGGAGAAUCCAACGUGCUCAUGAUUGCCGGCAGUGACACAACCUCCACCACAUUGGCAGCGACGCUCUUCUACCUCGUCCGACAGCCGGAUGCACUGGCCAAGCUGACCGCCGAGGUGCGCGGUGCCUUCCAUGAAGUGGAAGAGAUCAUAGCGAGCAGCCGACUGAACGAGCUAGUCUAUCUCAAGGCCUGUAUUGACGAAGCCCUUCGUCUGGCACCAGCAGUCCCAGGCGCGAUUCCCCGGGAGGUGAUGGAAGGCGGAGCUGUCAUCGACGGGGUUUUCUUGCCUGCCGGUACGGACUGUGGGACCCCGACCUACUCCAUUCACCGACAAGAACGAUACUACCGAGAAGCAGGGACUUACCUCCCCGAGCGCUGGAUCGAGGGCGCUCAAUGCACCAGUGCUGGGGUCACCUGGCAGACCACCAAGGAAGGCAUUGAGACUGCUCGUCACGCGUUCUGUCCGUUUAGUAUUGGACCUCGUGGGUGCAUUGGCAAGAGCAUGGCAUUUAUGGAAAUGCGAUUGACCUUGGCACGCUUAGUAUUCCUGUUUGAUAUGUCUUUGGCUGAUCGUGAGGGUGAAGUGGAUGGACAUCUGGCACUGACGGAUCACUUCACCAGUGCUAAGAAUGGACCCAAUGUAGUUUUCCGACGAAAGUAA